UCACCCUUCAGCUCGUGAAGCGUCAUAUUACUGCUAGCUAGUUAAUAGUUAAAGUUAGCAUAAGAUAAACACCCAAGUGACAAAGACCUGAUACUUGUUUAGCGUCUGUUCGAAAAAAAAAUGGGCGCUUGUAUGGCUUUAUGUUCUCUUGCGAGCUGCGCAUCAUGUUUGUGCGGCUCUGCUCCAUGUAUUCUCUGUGGGUGCUGUCCAUCAUCCAACAACUCUACAGUCACUCGGUUGAUCUUCUCCUUUUUCCUUUUACUGGGCACUCUCGUGUCUAUUAUUAUGAUCCUGCCUGGAAUGGAGACUCAGCUUCGGAAGAUUCCUGGCUUUUGUCAAGGUGGGAGUACUAUACCUAUACCAGGAAUCGAGAACCAGUUUAACUGUGAUGUGAUUGUGGGUUACAAGUCCGUGUACCGCAUGUGCUUUGCCAUGUCCUGUUUCUUCUUCCUCUUUGCUGCCCUUAUGAUUCGUGUCCGGACCAGCAAAGAUCCUCGGGCUGCUAUUCAGAAUGGAUUCUGGUUUUUCAAGUUUCUAAUCUUGGUAGGAAUCACCGUUGGAGCCUUCUUUAUCCCUGAUGGAACAUUUCAUAAUGUUUGGUUCUACUUUGGCAUUGUGGGCUCCUUCAUGUUCAUCCUGAUCCAGCUGAUCUUGCUGAUUGACUUUGCCCACUCAUGGAAUGAGGUAUGGGUUAGGAACGCCGAGGAGGGAAACGGGAAAUGCUGGUAUUUCAGUCUCCUCUUCUUUACCAUCCUGCACUAUGCAUUGGCUUUUGCUGCUGUGGUGCUUUUCUAUUUGUACUACACCAAACCUGACAGCUGCACCGAGCACAAGGUCUUCAUCAGUCUCAACCUCAUCUUCUGUAUCAUCGUCUCCGUGGUGUCCAUCCUGCCCAAAGUACAGGAUGCCUCGCCACAGUCUGGUCUGCUCCAGUCGUCCCUCAUCAGUUUGUACACCAUGUAUGUCACCUGGUCAGCCAUGACCAACAACCCUAAUCGGGAGUGUAACCCGAGCCUGCUAAGCCUCGUGUCCAACACAAGCAUCAGCACUACGAUGCCCUCACCAACCAGUGUCCCAGGUGUCGUGCAGUGGUGGGACGCCCAGGGCAUAGUGGGGCUUGUCAUCUUCCUCUUUUGCACUUUUUAUGCCAGCAUCCGCACUUCCAGUAAUGCUCAGGUAAACAGGCUGAUGCAAACCGAGGAGGGUCACGGCUCAGAUGCGGAGGGACCGGUGGGAGAGGACGGCCUGCGGCGAGUGAUGGAUAACGAGGAGGAAGGAGUCACUUAUAGUUACUCGUUCUUUCACUUUCACCUCCUGCUGGCUUCUCUCUACAUCAUGAUGACUCUCACCAACUGGUACAAACCUGACACUACCACCCAGGCCAUGCAGAGCAGCAUGCCUGCAGUUUGGGUGAAGAUCUGCUCCAGCUGGUUGGGACUGGCUCUCUACCUUUGGACCCUUUUGGCCCCAGUCAUCCUCACCAACCGAGAUUUCAACUGAGCCAGCUUUCUACUUUACAUGGGGAUGUGUGUGCAUGUAUAUGAAAGAGGAGUGCGCUACUUCUUUUCUUAAUAUUGUGGAAUCGCUGUCAACAUAGAGAAUAUAUUAUAGGAUAAAUGGUUGAAGUAUGUGCUGUUCAUAAAUUUCUAUCUUGAUAUUUUCAGAUUUCAUGAUGACUUUAGAUGCAUUUUAUGAAUUCUCUUUACCGGUGCAAUUUUUUUCCUCGUAUCUUAAUUUACUUGCUAUUUCCUAAAGGGAACUGAGAAAUGAGGUGAUGGUGCUGUACUGUUUAAUUCAUUUACUUCAGUGAUCUAGCCACGAAUAUGAGUAUGCAUGUUACUGCUGCUGCAAACCUUCUCUACCUAAAAGUACACUCGGUAAAUACACUCUUUACCGUAGGUUCAUUUCUCUGUCGAGGUUUAAUAUUUCGUAUUAUUCAAGCACUUUGUCCUGAAGCAAUUUCAGCAAGGAUGAGAGAAAGCAUGUGAGCCAGAACUUGCUGAUCGCCAGGGGGCUAUCUGAAGGGCUUGUUUAUUUCCAGCCCUUACUGUAGCCCCACGGAGGCAGUGUGUGGGAGAGAUAAGCACACCCUACUCUGUUGCAACUCAUGCUGCAUCACUCUUGCUCAGAACACUAAACACUAAACGGUUUUGCAAACAAGGUGACGAUAUUGGUGCUUUUCACCCUGUGUUGCUGUAAAUGUUAGACGGACAAGCACAGGUAUAAAACAAGAACUGUGCUGUAUAGUGUCACGCAAUAAUUUGAACGUCAUAUCAAUUCAAGGGAGGCCAUGUUUGUAGUGGAUUUUCGUGGUCGAGUUUUUAACAUUUCUCACGGUUAACUGUAUAAAACUAUGCAUGCGCUAAAAUAUUUCACUUCUAAAUUAAAGGUUUCAUUGGCAAUGUCAACUAUUCAAGGUACUCGAAUAAUGUGUUAAUCAAAGUGGUAGAACUCGGUAGUACAAUGCAUCGAAUUGCUGUGCAUUUGAUGCAGGAAGUCAGUUGUUUUUUUUAAAUUCAUUUCCUACUUAUUGCUUUUGAUAUUGUGAAAUAAGUGUGUGACGGAGUGUGGUUUUUUUUUUUUUUUUUUUGUAUUUUUUUGUUAAGUGAAACAUUUCCUCUUUAAAAUGUACUUUAUUUCUGUCAUUAAUUAUUGAAGGUCGUCUGUAUUUUAACAUUCUGCAAUGUAUAAACUACAUUUUAAGCCACUCUUUCAUUUUAAAUAUUGUAGAUUUUGAAUCCUGUUGUGAAGGUUGAAUUAGUGGAGUAUCCUAUAUCCUUUAUUUUGUUUUUUUACAUGAGUAUUGUAAACUGUGGGAUUAUACUUCUUGCAUUUAGAACUGUCUUCAUGGUCACGUUGGGAAAUAUCGGAAGAUUAAUAAAUAAGCACGUAAAUGCGUCUAGGUUACUUUGCUCAGCGAAAGCAAUUAACAGAAGGGUUCUAGUGCAUUCAUGGUAUUAAUUUUGAAGCAACCUGCAAGGUUUUCAGUGGUGUCACAACACUUAAAGUGCCUUAAUUGAUAACCUGGCUUAUCGACUACGUCCAGGCCUGGACACAGACCUGAAGACAAGUGCCUUGUUUAAUUUAUAACAUCCAAAAGGAUCAGUUCUGGCAUUGCACAUUGUUCAAGCAUAGUGAUUUAUUGUAGUUUGAUCUGCAUGUGGCAAAUCUAAAUACUUCAAUAAAACCCUCUCUACAACUAA